CAACAUUUGAAACAUUUGAAUGCAUAUGUAACCAUGUCACACUCCCACACCGCCACUAUCGAGCUCAACUCCUUGGAAAACAACGACACCAACCUAACUAAUGAUGCCAAUGAUGCUAAUCCACCCCCUCCGCCCGGCUCAUGGGGAGUCCUGCAAACCGCACUUCUCACCAGCUCUCUGACCACCGGCUCCCCCAGCACCCUCUCCUUCGUCGGCUCGCUCAGUCUUGCCCUCUGUGUCGCCAUGAUGCUACCCAGCGUGCGCCUCUCCCACCUCCUCGGCGCCCGCUACAGCAUGCUCCUCGGCGUGCUCCUCAUGAGUCUAGGUAGUCUUUGCAGCAGCUUCACCACUACUACAAUCCCCGGCCUCUUCGGCACUGCCGGCGUCUCAUUCGGCCUCGGCUCCGCCAUCGCCUUCACCCUCUGCAACACCCUGCCCGUGCAAUACUUCCACUCGAAACUCGGCACCGCGAAUGGGCUCAUAAAACUCGGCGGCGGGAUUGGGUCGACCACGCUCGUUCUGGUCUUACAAUACGCCAUCGACCAUGUCGGCGUGGCAUGGACAUUCCGCAUCUUCGGCCUUAUUUCCCUGGCCAGUGGCAUCCCAGCUGCCCUGCUCGUUAAGGAACACUCCCCUUCCUCCUCCCCCUCUACCAUUCUUGACUUCUCCCUCUUCAAAUCCCUGCCGUUCACCAUGCUCUUCAUCGCGGGCAGCAUCGGGACCUUCACGCUCUUCGUGCCGCCGUUCUUCCUGCCCCUUUUCGCGCAGUCCAUCGGGCUCUCGGCCUCAGUCGGCGCCGCGAUCGUGGCUGGGUUCAAUGGCUGCACGGCGCUGGGGCGAUUCAGCGCAGGGUUUGCGUGUGACCGGUUCGGAGCGCUGAACACGCUUCUGCUGACGAUGGCGGUGAAUGCAGGGAGUAUGCUGGCCAUCUGGCCGGUUUCGAGCAGGUUGGCACCAUUGGUUGUCUUCGCGGCACUGAAUGGAAUCGCGAAUGGCGCGUUUUUUGUUGCGAUGCCUACGGCUGUGGGAUAUACAUAUCCCAGUAAGGCCGCGGUGGCUAUGGCUAUGUCAAUUUCGGGCUGGACCGGCGGCUACUUAAUGGGCACACCGAUUGCUGGGAAAUUGAUUGCAGGUGAUGGGAAGGGCGGUGUUGCACCGUAUCGUGCGGCGAUUUUUAUUUCUGGUGGGCUGGCAACAGUAGCAGCUAUUUUUGUGGUAUUGGCUAGAGUUAGUGUAGAUGGGAGGCUGAGAAGGACAGUAUAAUUACACCAUAGUGGGCUACCUGUACCAGAAAGGUUGGUAGUGUAUAUAAAACCAGUUGAAAUGUAUAUAUACAGUAGGAUGACAAAAGUUUGAAUAUAG